AUGGGUAAGCUAAUCCAGUUGAUAACUCAUCCUUCAGAAUUGAAAGCUGCAAUUCAGUUGAUGGGAUUUAGACAGUCGCUACACCAAAAAUCUUCCAAUGACAACACUUCCCCUGAACUUAUAAGAUGCUACGAAUUGCUCAAUUUAACCUCGAGGUCUUUUGCUGCCGUGAUUGAGGAAUUGCAUCCUGAAUUGAGAGAUGCGAUUAUGAUCUUUUACCUCGUUUUGCGAGCACUAGAUACCGUUGAAGAUGACAUGACCAUAAAGCCCGAGGUCAAGAUCCCCUUGUUGCGUCAUUUUGACGAGAAAUUGGACACGCAGGACUGGACUUUUGACGGGAGUGGCCCCAAUGAAAAAGACCGGGCCGUCUUGGUUGAGUUUGACCAGAUUCUAACCAUUUACCACGGUUUGAAGCCCCAGUAUCAGGAAAUCGUCAAGGAUAUAACGUUCAAGAUGGGCAACGGGAUGGCUGACUACAUCUUGGACGAGAAUUUCAACCUUAAUGGAGUUGAAACUAUCACAGACUAUGACUUGUACUGUCAUUACGUUGCGGGGUUAGUCGGCGAGGGCUUAACGAAACUAAUAGUGUUGGCGAGAUUUUCAGAUCUGAGUUUAGUUGAAGACAAUUUUGUCAAGUCCAACUCGAUGGGUCUAUUCUUGCAAAAGACCAAUAUAAUCAGAGACUACCAUGAGGAUUUGCAAGAUGGACGAUCAUUCUGGCCCAAGGAAAUCUGGUCGAAAUACACAACUCUGCUUCCCCAAUUCAACGAAGACCCCGCGUGUGAAUUUGAGGGGCUCUCAUGUAUCAAUGACUUGGUAUUGAACGCGUUGGGCCACGUGAAGCAUGUAUUGGAGUUUUUGUCCUUGGUGAAGGACCCUUCAACUUUUUCCUUUUGCGCCAUACCUCAAGUUAUGGCAAUUGCCACCUUGGCAGAAGUCUAUAACAACCCCAAGGUGCUCCAUGGCGUGGUCAAGAUCAGGAAAGGCACCACGUGUAAGCUUAUUCUUGAAAGCAGAACCUUCCCUGGAGUCGUCAAGAUCUUCAGACACUAUAUCCAGGUUAUAAAUCACAAGUCGUCCGUGAGAGAUCCCAACUACUUGAAGAUUGGUAUCAAGUGUGGAGAAAUUGAGCAAUUUUGUGAAUCACUCUACCCUUCGUUGGAUGCCUUGCCAAAAGGGGUCAAAGCCCCCGAGGGCUCGCUCGCCAAGGCUUUAAAGAGUAGAAAAUCGAUUGAUGAUAGUGUACAGGCAAUUAUCGACCAAGAAACUUUCAACACGAACGCGGUCUUGGGCGUUAUUGGUGUUUUGAUUGCUGCAUUGUGUUCAUAUCUUUUAGGUUAUAGAACCUGA